AUUGGGUUGGGGAAGUAGGCCUUCGAUUAUCCCACAUUUCAAUUACAAAUUUUGAUUUUAUUUUUUAAAUACAACUUCUCUGUCUGGCUCAUCCUAAAUUUAUAAAAAAUGGAAAAUUAUCAUAUUAUUACAUUGCCAUCCGGCGAUGAUCGAUCCCGAAAAAGUUUACGGCGGACUUGGAAUCAGCUGCCGCGCUGUCAACGCAAUCUAAUUAUCUUGGGCAUAAUGGCAUUGUGUCUGAUGAUACUGCUAUAUUUGCCGGGCGAUCAAAUAAUACGCGAUGCCGAUGGGCAAACCAAGCCAGAAUUUGUUGAAAAGAAAGUUACAACUUUGAAUGAUCAACUCAACGAGGCGAUUCAGCAUCCAUUAAGGUUAGGUGGUGUAAGUAUUUCUGAGCACUUGCGAAAAAUUCAACCUCUGUUGGCCAAGGAGCAACACUUCCAUGGGGCUUCCAAUGAGCGUCAAUCGGCUGUGGUGGCAGCUUUCAAACAUUCGUGGGCUGGUUACAAGAAGUACGCCUGGGGCCAUGAUAAUCUCAAGCCAGUGUCGCAAACCUCUCACGAAUGGUUCGGACUGGGUCUGAGCAUUGUUGAUUCCCUGGACACCAUGUACAUAAUGGGUCUGGAUGAGGAAUUUAAGGAGGCCAGAGAUUGGGUGGAAAAGUCUCUAAAAUUCAAUACCAAUCGGACAGUGACUCUCUUUGAAACCACCAUAAGAGUCUUGGGUGGUUUACUUUCGGCCUAUCACUUGAGUGGCGAUAAGAUGUUCCUUGUUAAAUCUGCCGAACUGGGCAAUCGGUUAUUGCCUGCUUUUCUCUCGCCAACGGGCAUACCAUUUUCGCAUGUAAAUCUUACAGCUUUGUCGGCUUAUUCGCCUCCGGACAUUGCAACAAGUGAAGUCACCACAAUACAAUUGGAGUUUCAUGAUCUUAGCCGCUCGACAAAUGUGUCGAUUUACGAACGCAUGGCCAGCGGUGUAAAUGAGAAGCUACAUUCACUGGACAAGACGCACGGAUUGGUGCCCAUAUUUAUUAAUUCAAGUACAGGCACGUUUCGAAACAAUGCCACCAUUUCAUUGGGAGCAUGCGGUGAUUCCUAUUACGAGUACUUGUUAAAGCAAUGGAUUCAAACGGGUCGCAAGGAUAACGAUGAUCUCAUCUUGGAUUAUAUGCAGGCCAUAGAUGGUGUACUUACCCAAUUAAUGCGCCGUACUCCACGGGAACAUUGGGUUUACAUUGGCGAAUUGAUAAAUGGAAAGGAUUUCAAACCGAAAAUGGAUCAUUUAACUUGCUACUUGCCAGGCACACUACUUUUAGGUCAUCAAAAUGGCAUGCCGGACUCCCAUUUGAUAUUAGCCAAGGAUUUAAUGGAUACCUGCUAUCAGACUUACACUAGACAUCCAACGCACUUGGCACCAGAGAUCACAUACUUUGCCACAACCGAUAAGGAAGAGCAGGAUAUGUACGUGAAGCCCAACGAUGCCCACAAUCUUCUACGUCCCGAGUUUAUCGAGAGUUUAUAUUAUUUCUACGCAUUAACCGGAAAUCGAACCUAUCAGGAUAUGGGGUGGCUUAUCUUUCAGGCUUUCGAAACGCACGCCAAAGUUGAAGCUGGUUACACGUCUUUGGGCAAUGUAAAGAACACCCAGGAUACCCGGAUGCUUGAUCUAAUGGAAACAUUUUGGAUGAGUGAGACCCUGAAGUAUUUCUAUCUGCUGUUCAGUGAUAAUCGCAAAGAAAUCGAUUUGGAACAAUGGGUAUUCAAUUCGGAAGGUCAUCCACUACCAUUUUAUCCGACUGCAUAGUUUAUCUCUAAUGAAAACGUUAAUUAACAAAAUCAAAUACGAGUAUAUGAUAAAUAUGAAGUAAACCCAAUACUAGUUUGGGAUUAUCAUAUUUUACAAUACCAAUACUUUUUUCAACUAUGCAAACAUGAUCGGUGGAGCUAUCUUUAGAUCAAUUAAACAUAAAUGCAAUUUGUUAAUGUUCAAUAUGUCUACUUCUUAGGUAGGUGUGAUUUCUACCAACUUGAUAAUAAAAAUCAAUCAGACAUCUCUUUUUCAA